AUGUUUACUGUUGUGUUAAUUGGCUCAAUAGUUGGAUUCUCUGGUGCAGCAUUGGGUAGUGUGGGAGGUGUUGGGGGUGGAGGCAAUGCUUGCCUUGAUCAUUGGUUUGAUCCCAAGUCUUCCACUGCCAUUUCUAAGUGUAUGAUAAUGGGUGCUGCAGCCAAUGCUCAUGCUGGGCAUCAGCAUAGGAGUUGCCUUCAACGUCAUGUUCGCCAACUGGAUGGUCACAGUUCUACUUAUCAUUCUCUUCUUAGUUACAGCAGCAAAAGCUUUAAUGAAGGGCAUAGAAACAUGGAAGAAAGAGACAAUGAUGAAGAAGGUAAGGAAGCAGAAAAGCAGUUGGAAUCAGAGUCCAAACCUUUCGGACCCGUCCCGAAUUUCACGGAACCCGAGACGAACCCUGCGGAGACCCCGGCAUCACACCCACGCCGGGUUUACUCCUUAAAUCUACGUCCUCGUUUACCAGAGAGGAUUUAG